UAUCGACAAAUAUUUGGCAAAUGAAAUUUCGCAUGGUCGUGUCGUGGGUCCUUUUGCCUCGCCACCGUUUCCUAAUCUACAGUGCAGCCCGUUUUGGGUCAUUCCAAAGAAAGGCCAGCCUGGUAAACGGCGUCUCAUUCAGGAUUUGUCGUCACCCGAAGGCCAUAGCGUUAAUGACGGCAUCCCCAAGGAUCCUUUCUCGUUGACUUACAUCUCCGUCGAUCAUGCCAUUGCUCGUUUGUACAGCUUGGUCCGGGUGCUCUUAUGGCCAAAUUUGACGUAGAAUGUGCGUACCGUAACAUCGCUCUCAGUCCUGACGAACGUUUCUUAUUUGGCAUGUGGUGGCCUGAGUCAUAUUUCGUCGAUUUGGCUCUUCCGUUUGGUCUGCGUUCCGCCUCAUUUAUCUUCAACUCCGUCGCCGAAAUGGUGGAAUGGAUUCUUAAAGCUAAUUAAUAUCGCGUUCGUUUUCUCCUUCACUACCUCGACGAUUUCCUGACCCUUGGCCCCGGCAACUCCACCGAGUGCGCUAGUAAUGUAGCCAUCGCCAGGUGCUUAUUCCUCCGUUUGGGUUUGCCUCUCCAUCCGUCAAAGUGCGAGGGUCCUACUACUACGUUAGUCUUUUUAGGUGUGGAACUAAAUUCUCUCACCCAGUCUGCUCGGUUGCCAUCCGCUAAAAUUUGUGGCCAUCGUAGAGCUUCUUAAAAAAUGGAAUCGUAAGUCUUGGUGCACUCGUCGAGAGUUAGAAUCCGUUAUCGGCUCGCUUCACCACGUUACGAAAGUUGUUCCGCCCGGUCGCACGUUCCUCCGGCGUAUGAUUAAUUUGCUAAGCGCUUUUCGUUCACCUACCCACCCUAUUCGGCUCCAUACGGAGUUUUUUCCUUUAAUGUUUACCUAGCUGCUUCCGUUCCUAUCAUAUUGACCUUGGCUUCCCGGAUCCCACGAAAGAGAAACCACGGUUUCGUCGUCUGCUUCAGGGCAUCCGUCGUUAUCGGUCUGGCGUUUCCUCGUUACGCUGCCCCAUAACCCGCGAUCUAUUGGAUGUUAUUCAUUCGUCGACGGUUGGUGAUCUUGGCGUCUACGAUGCAGUUAUGUUUUGGUCUGCGUGCUUUCUGGCUUUCUAAGACUGAUCCUCUUGGCGUCGGACAGGUCCUGUACAUCGGGUCUUCAAGCAAUCGUCUCUGCUCUGUCUUAGCGCUUCAGGCGUACCUCGAUAUGCGUGGCAGCGGCCCUGGUCCUUUAUUCCUGUGGUCGGAUGGCUUUCCCUUAACUGCUCAACAAGUCAAUUUUUUCCUUCGCAAAAUCUUGAGGCGAGCCGUUGUAAUUGGGGAACUACUCAUCUCACAGCUUUCGCAUUGGGGCUGCUACUUCCGCCGCUGCGGCUGGGAUUCCGGAUCAUCUAAUUCAAGCUCUUGGACGUUGGACUAGCCAAGCUUACCUUCGCUACGUUCGCACAUCGCUGCAGUCAUUUUUCAACGUUGCCCCGCUGCUGUAGGGUUGGAGACUGGUGGAGAAGGUUAACGGUAACCUAACUCCAACCCCUCAUCUGGCUUGGAGACAUACUUGGAGGAGGUACCGUUAAAAUAGCAUGGUUCGUUGAGUUAUUAUCUGCGCCGAAAACAGCAAACUCAAAAGAAACACCGUUUCACCCCUAGCCCGACCGUUUCGCUCGGAUACCGUCUCCAUCCCUACCGAUCGGCAGCGGGCAAAAAUAUAGUGUAAGAGCUGGUGUGCUAUCGUACAGAUGUGAGCCUUAGGAUCCGUUAGAACGUUAAAUGUAUUUAUUAUUAAAUAAUAAAGGAAGUUAAUGUUAUACGGGUCUUCGUAUCGUAGUGUCGCGGGUCCUAGGACGCUUGUCCGGUCGGCUACUUGCCCCCUCCGGUGAGUACAAAUAUGAGCCCAGUUUGCCUGAUCGAGUUGUUAGUUGCUUGCGUGACCCAUCCCGCCCCUUUCCCUAACGACUUCACGCGAUGUUGUGAACUCUACGGGAGAAGCGUCUUAUUAAUCUCGCUGGGGUUUGUUUGUUUUUUUUGUUAGUUUGUUUUGCAGGAUUAAGCACAGUUCUUUUCACACCCGUUUUGGUCGUGGAAUGGGUGUUUGGGGUAAAGAACGUCAUAACCCGCAAUUAUGACGUCAUACACUCAAGUGUGAAGAUCAACUCAACUCCAGUCAAAUCGUGUUUCCAAGCCAGUCACAUACGAAUCCAUGCAGUCGUUUUUAUGAAUCAACAUGGACGCCAUGAAGAGUUAGAAAAUGUUUUUGUUUCUUAUUCUGCAGCUGUUUUCUACGUCCAGAGGAAUCUUUGCAAAGGAAGCGAGUCGUCUGAAACUGAAACAGCCGCCGUGAUUCAGGCAGAUUCUGGUGAUUCUGAACUCAAUGAUGACGAUGCCGUGACAUGCGGAGUAGAACCAAAAGAACGUCAUAACCCGCGAUUAUGACGUCAUAGGCUCAAGUGUGAAGAUCAACUCAACUCCAGUCAAAUCGUGUUUCCAAGCCAGUCACAUACGAAUCCAGCUGUUUUUAUGAAUCAACAUCGACGCCAUGAAGGGUUAGAAAAUGUUUUUGUUUCUUAUUCUGCAGCUGUUUUCUACGUCGAGAGGAAUCUUUGCUGACGAAGGAACCAUUGCCCCGGUAUCAGCAAUCAACACUGUAGAUCUGACUUCAUCAUCGUUCGCAAUAAGAUGGUCACACCCUCCUGGAAUUUCCAAUAAGAAUAGACUCUCACUAAAGUACAUUGUUUGUGUGAGAGAAUCUGAUGCUGUUGGCCAAGUUCAUAACGGAAGCACCACGAAUAAUAUCAUGAACGGUGUUGACAGUAAGGUCAAUAACAAGAUGGUGAAUGGCAUUUUGAUCGUGAAGAACAAUAGUAUCGUUAAUGGUACUGAAGUGAUGCUCACAUGCGAAAAGAUUAUUGGUGAUGGAAUUAUGGUCAACUGUAAACUUGUAAAUGGGAGUAUGGUUGUCAAAAAUAGUAGUCUGGUUAAUGGUACUGAAGUGAUGAUCGCGUGUAAUUUGGGUAAUGGUAGCCUGGUUAUGCUGAAUGGUAUAAAGCAUACUGGUGUUAUGGUCAAUUGUAAGCUGGUUGGUUGGCGUUUGAUGGCAGAAAACAGUAGCCUGGUUGAUUAUACUGAAGCUACGAUCAUGUGCAGUCAGGCUAAUGGUAGCCUAAUAACAGUCAACAUGACUAGUGGUACCGACGUUAACUGCAAAUUGAUUAAUGGUAGUCUGGUAAUGAUUAACAGUAGCAUGGAAACUAGUGUUUUGGGCGAUAAUUGUACAAAUGUUGGUGAGGCUACUUUGUACUCUAAGACUGGCCUGAAGCCCAGCACAGAAUACAUCGUGAGUGUUAAAACACAGUCCCAUGCUGGGUUUGGUCCUAAAACUGAGAAAUAUGUCACUACGAUGGAACAAGGUGGACACAUAAUCUAUGUCGAACUGGUCUCGCGUAUCCAGGAGGAUGUCAUGUACCGCCACGAUGCUCAAUCUCAUUCCAGCAUCACAGUUGGAGAACAGCGGCAUACCUUUGAUCUACAUGGAAUGCAUUUUAUUGUGCUUGACCCGAAAACAGGUUCUCAAACUAUGCAGGGUUCAUUCAACACCCACGACCAUUCUUCCGCAAGCACACAAAUGGCAGGAUUCUUAUCAACCAUUCCCAAACCCUCGAUCAUUUUAAUGGUGGUUUAUUUCCAAGCUCACGACUAUUACACGGCUGCUCCUCUCUUAUCUCUCUGUCCGAACGCGCUUUUGAAUUACACCAGUCGACAAUCCUGGAGCAUGAUUUGUCUCAAUGGCUUCGGUACCUUGCCUUGGGUGACGUCACUCACGUCCAAUUCUGAGACGGGGCCAGCGGUAAUAGAAACUCAUAUACUAUUACCUAAAGAACUCAAAAAUGCACCAAAUUUAACCAACGUGGUAGUAACAAGUGCUCGCUCCUUUGAACUAAACUGGAUUGCUCCAGCCACUGAUAACUACACUGGCGGGAUUUCCUACUACGAAAUUUGCUACCAAAAAUCAAAUGUUCCUGUAAACGGAAGCUGCUCCCUGGUAUCUGCGGGCAGUGAUGUUUUGCAGGCCACUGUUAAUCGCCUGCAUCCUUAUCAGCAAUACAGAAUAAGGAUACGGGGGGUUGUGGCGCUUGGAUAUGGACCUUACUCAAACACAAUUAUGGCAAAGACCCAUGAAGCAGUACCAGCUAAAGGUCCAUCAAGGAUAUACGUAUCUAAAGCAAACACCUCCUCCAUCCUAAUUCGUUGGACUCUGCCGUUGGAGAAACACAGAAAUGGCAUAAUAAGAAAGUUCAGUAUUUGUUACGAGCCAUACCGACGCAGGAGCCGCUGUUAUAAGUACAUCAACAAAAACCUCACCGACCGCUCGUACUUUGUUGAUGGUCUAAGACCGCAUUCCCUGAAUACAUUCAAAAUCAAAGCUGCCACAGCCGUUGGGUUUGGCCGGCCAAGCGUUGCUUAUCUGAGAUCAAGUCAAGCCGCUCCUGAUGGCCCACCAACUGACGCACGUGCGACGCAGGUGGAAGCCAAGAGCAUUUCGUUGUCAUGGUUGCUUCCAGCCGUCGAGUUGCGCAAUGGAUGGCUCGUCAAAUCCAGCGUUUGUGUCCGCGUCUACAAUACCUCACCCGGCCAUUGUCAGCAACACAUCGAGCUGGAGAAAUAUGCUGUUAGGCACACGGUCACUGGUCUGAAACCUUACACUAAGUAUGCUUUUGAGAUAUCCGUUGCCACUAAAGUUGGGAAUAGUCCCACGGCGUUGGUUGUUAGCGAAACACUGCAGGCAGCUCCUUCAGGCCCACCGGCAGAUAUACAAAUCACCAAUUACACUCAUAACCGCAUCAACGUUACGUGGUCGCCCCCAGACCAUACGGAAAGAAACGGUGUGAUCACCAAGUAUUGGCUCUGCAUUAAAAACCAAACGUAUAAAUACUGUUUAGAAAGUGGCGUUGUACCACCCAACCAGACAUCGUACGUCUUCAACGGGCUGAGGCCGUAUCGAGUUUACCAGCUCUUGCUUAGAGCGGCCACCAAAAUUGCUUUUGGUCUACUAGGGAAAAUAAUCCGAAGAACAGCCCCGUCAGAACCCAGUGGACCGCCGACAGAAGCAAAGAUUAAAUAUGUGGACGAAUCAACGAUAGGGUUUUUCUGGUCCCCGCCCCACCCGGAAUUACGGAACGGUAUUAUCAUCCACUACCGUGUGUGCAUACGGGAAUAUGGCCCCAACUUUGCCUGCAUCAGAACAGCAAAAGUAUUGGAAGGCAGAGGAAGGCGGAGUUACGCCUAUGGGGGCCUGAAUCCGAAUAAAGAGUAUGUUGUGGUGAUCAGGGCUGCGACCAUUGUGGGCCCGGGUCCUCCUGCUUUCGUACAGAAAACUAAAGGAGAGUGCGAUCUUCCUUUAUUGCACAGCGGUGACUAUGUGAGCGAAGACAGUUUUAGCGCCAGUGGUUUUCUCGGUCGGGGAUAUGCGCCUCACCAUGCGCGUAUCGAUGGCUACCGGCCUUGGUGUGAUAGCGGCCUGAAAAACAACACCUUUGUGCAGGUUGACUUUGGCGGACCUUUACGAGUCACUGGCGUGGCCACACGACGCCACGAUGAGCAUUGGAAGAGUUGGGUUUCGUCCUAUGAAGUUUCGCAUAGUCUGAACAACGUGAACUGGCAGUAUGUUAAUGUCAGCGGCAAAACGGUAGUUUAUGGAAACAACAAAACGAUUGAGGGAAGACUGGUGACGUAUUUCAUCGAUGAACCGAUUUUUGCUCGCUUUGUUCGGUUCCGUGUUCUCGCUUUCGUCGGGCUCCACCCGUGUAUGGGAGUUCAGAUCUUUGGCUGCGCACCUGCAAUUAGACCAACAGCUGCAGUUCUUCACAAGACAGCCUGGUCCAUCCAGGUCUCGUGGCAACCAUUGCCUUCAGUGGUAGACAACGGAAUGAUCUUUGGCUACAAGAUUUGUCAUAAACUGAGCUCGUCAGAUGAACGUCGCUGUGCUUAUGUUGACCAUAAUGCUACCACGUAUAAUGUAACAGAGCUGAUUCCACACACCAAUUACGACAUCGAGAUCUCAGCGGGAACUGUAGCUGGAUAUGGGCCACCUGUGCUGCUUAGGGACCAGACAAAUCAAUCGGUACCAAGCGGUCCUCCGCGAGAUCUUCGAGCUCAAACUAUCACAGGAACCAGCAUAGAACUGUCAUGGUCAAUUCCACACAGAAGCCUUGCCAAUGGAAUUAUUAUAUUUUACGGUAUAUGUUAUCAAGAAGCGAGCUUGGAAACAGACUGCGCAAAUAUUAUAUUACUUCCGGGCACGCGCCCGCGUCACAAGAUAAACGAAGGACUGCGGCCGUACACAGAGUACAUGUUGGUUGUCAUGGCAGCAACUAAAAUCCCCGGGUGGAGCCCCAAGGCAGUGCUUUAUAGCACAACUCUUCCAGCAGCUCCGUCUGGGCCACCAACGUCGAUGUACGCAGUUCGGGUCGCGGCGCGAAUCCUGCACAUUUUCUGGAGACCUCCCGAAGCGAAGAAACAAAAUGGCGUCAUCAUUGGUUACCGCCUGUGCAUCAAGGAAAAACGCUCGAGGGUCCCGUGUAGGAAUUACGUCACCUUGCCUGAGAAGGCGAUGAACAUGUACAGCGUCGACGAACUGAAGCCUUACACUUUGUAUAAUAUACACGUCGAAGCCAAGACCGCAAUAGGUUACGGUCCAGCACGAUAUUUAGACCAACGCACUGGAGAAGCAGCUCCUUCAGAACCACCAAGGGUGGCAAUUAAGUCCGUAACCACGAGUUCCAUCGAGAUCACGUGGUCUCCUCCCGAAAAAGAGAAACGAAAUGGCGUCAUUGCCCUGUACGAAGUGGAAGUCUUCGAGGAAAUGGCGGGCUCGAAAGUUGAGAAAAUUGCAAGAUCCCUGGCGCGUGAUAACAACACGUCGUGGAGGAUCUCGAAUCUGAGUCCGCGCACUGAUUAUAUAUUUCACAUUAAAGCUGGAACCGCUGGAGGAUUCGGGCCAGCGGUUAUCAUUCACAAACGCAGUGAAGGUCAUGUCGCACGAACAGACAAAUCCAAUGACGAUAGCAACAGGGGUAAACCAUCCAGUGAAAUUACAACUGGUGUAUCUAUCUUGUUAAUAAUAAUGGUUGCUGGUUUUGUUCUCAGUAUUAUGUGGAAUAAAGGAAUGCUUCCAAACACCAGGGCGAGAAGGCUGAAGAUUGAGUCAAGAAGACGGAGAAGACGUGCGCGAUGCCGUAAACGAAAAAGAAAGGAAAUAAGCGAGUCGGAUGGACUGGGUUCUGCGUACUCUGAGCUCGACGACUAUCAGGAUGCACCAGUGAGAAAACAAAAAGUGCUGCAGGAACAUAUUUCAGCUGAUGAUUUGUACGGAAUGACCAGAGGGGACAACUAUACUGUUCGAAAUCAAGAUAUUUAUGGAAACGCACUGCAGGAUUCCUCCAGUCAUGAUAUUUAUGUUACCGCAACCCGACAGACUGAUGUUUACAAAUCCUCUGAUAUCGGGUCAAUCGGUGUUGAUGCGCGACCUAAAGGCGUGAAUACCGUCAUACCACCUGUUGUGCCAAAAAAUACAAUAAUACCACCUGUUAUUCCAUUGGAAGCAACGCUUUCAUCUGUAUUCAUCAAACUACCUUUCGAUCCCAAUUCAAGUACAAACAAAUCAUCUACUGUCUCUUCGAAUCCCAAGCCUUCCACUGCACCACGUAAGAAGGAUAAACGCAAGCAAAAAUUUCCAAAUCCAAAGUUACCCUCCAUUGUCCCUCAGCUAUCAAAAUUCACUUCAAUAAUCGCAAAACAAAAGAUAUUGCCUACAGUAAAUAUGAACACUGCUGGUGCCGUUUCCAGAAAUGAUAUUGCACGUUCAGAUUUCACGCAAGGUCCUGCAGUUUUGACGCAAGUUGACCACAGUUAUGGUACGAAAAGCUACGAUCAGCCAUCCGACACUCAGACUCUGAUCGAGUCGUUCUAUGAACCGAAGUAUGCCGCUGGAUCAGGAACGGAUAUCAGCGGUGAUAUGCACGUGUCUCCAGUACCGAUACUUCGCACGCAUACACAACAAAUACGCAGUUACCCAGCAUCGCUCCCACCUAUGACAUCGAGUCCAAUAUCGAGUAUUCCUAUGAGCGAAUCAGAUCGCAGAAGGAGCACACACCAUCAUCCAAAUAUGCCGCGCUAUUCCGUCGAUUUCGGUGGGUUACGUAACCUGGUUAAUCCACCUCAACUGCAACGUAUACCUUCCUUUUCUGAACUUUUUUGAACUAUUCCACCUCCACAAGGAAAUUAAGAAUGGACGUUAGCAUGCUAGACGGGCGCGCAAAUUGAAAUGUGCGAGACUUUGCAUAUACGCGUAUUUAUACUGAUUUUUUGGUUUCGCGAAAGUUCCACAAAAGCGGGU